AUGGAGCCGCCCGGGCGCCGGCGGGGCCGCGCGCCGCCGCCGCCGCUGCUGCUGCCGCUCGCGCUGCUCGCGCUGCUGGGAGGCGGCGGCUGCGCCGCGGCGCUGCCCCCCGGCUGCAAGCACGACGGGCGGCCCCGCGGGGCCGGCAGGGCGGCGGGCGCCGCCGAGGGCAAGGUGGUGUGCAGCAGCCUGGAGCUCGCGCAGGUCCUGCCCCCCGACACGCUGCCCAACCGCACGGUCACCCUGAUUCUGAGUAACAAUAAAAUCUCCGAGCUGAAGAAUGGCUCAUUUUCUGGGUUAAAUCUCCUUGAAAGAUUGGACCUCCGAAACAAUCUGAUAAGUAGUAUAGAUCCAGGUGCCUUUUGGGGACUGUCAUCGCUAAAAAGAUUGGAUCUGACAAACAAUCGAAUAGGAUGUCUGAAUGCAGACAUAUUUCGAGGACUCACCAAUCUGGUUAGGCUAAACCUUUCAGGGAAUUUGUUUUCUUCAUUAUCUCAAGGAACAUUUGAUUAUCUUGGUUCAUUACGGUCAUUAGAGUUUCAGACUGAGUAUCUUCUGUGUGAUUGUAACAUAUUGUGGAUGCAUCGCUGGGUAAAGGAGAGAAACAUCACUGUCCGGGACACACGGUGUGUUUAUCCUAAGUCUCUUCAGGCCCAGCCAGUCACCGGUGUGAAGCAGGAGUUGUUGACAUGCGAUCCACCCCUUGAAUUACCAUCUUUCUACAUGACUCCAUCUCAUCGACAAGUUGUGUUUGAAGGAGACAGCCUUCCCUUCCAGUGUAUGGCUUCAUAUAUAGAUCAGGACAUGCAGGUGUUGUGGUAUCAGGAUGGACGCAUAGUUGAGACUGAUGAAUCGCAAGGUAUCUUUGUGGAAAAGAACAUGAUUCACAACUGCUCCUUGAUUGCAAGUGCCCUAACCAUUUCUAACAUUCAGGCUGGAUCGACUGGAAAUUGGGGCUGUCACGUCCAGACCAAACGUGGGAACAAUACGAGAACUGUUGACAUCGUGGUUCUAGAAAGCUCUGCACAGUACUGUCCUCCCGAGAGGGUGGUAAACAAUAAAGGUGAUUUCAGAUGGCCCAGAACAUUGGCAGGCAUCACGGCGUACCUUCAGUGUACUCGGAAUACCCAUGGCAGUGGGAUCUACCCCGGAAACCCGCAGGAUGAGAGAAAGGCUUGGCGCAGAUGCGACAGAGGCGGCUUUUGGGCAGAUGAUGAUUAUUCUCGCUGCCAGUAUGCAAAUGAUGUCACCAGAGUUCUUUAUAUGUUUAAUCAGAUGCCUCUCAAUCUUACUAAUGCUGUGGCCACAGCCCGACAGUUACUGGCUUACACUGUGGAAGCUGCCAAUUUUUCUGACAAAAUGGAUGUGAUAUUUGUGGCUGAGAUGAUAGAAAAGUUUGGAAGGUUUACCAAAGAGGAGAAGUCCAAAGAGCUAGGUGACGUGAUGGUCGACAUUGCAAGUAACAUCAUGUUGGCUGAUGAGCGCGUUCUGUGGCUGGCCCAGAGGGAGGCUAGGGCCUGCAGUAGAAUUGUCCAGUGUCUACAGCGCAUCGCCACGUACCGAUUAGCAAAUGGAGCUCAUGUUUAUUCAACAUAUUCACCCAAUAUUGCUCUGGAAGCUUAUGUCAUCAAAGCUGCUGGCUUCACUGGGAUGACAUGUACCGUGUUCCAGAAGGUAGCAGCCUCCGACCGGACGGGCCUCUCCGAGUAUGGGAGGAGGGAUCCAGAUGGAAACCUGGAUAAGCAACUGAGCUUUAAGUGCAAUGUUUCAAAUACGUUUUCGAGUCUGGCCCUGAAGAAUACUAUCGUGGAAGCUUCCAUUCAGCUUCCUCCUUCCCUUUUCUCACCAAAGCAAAAAAGGGAAGUCAGACCAACCGAUGACUCUCUCUAUAAGCUUCAACUCCUCGCCUUCCGCAACGGAAAGCUUUUCCCAGCCACCGGGAAUUCAACAAAUUUGGCUGAUGAUGGAAAACGGCGUACAGUGGUCACCCCAGUGAUCCUCACCAAAAUAGAUGGCGUGAAUGUAGAUACCCACCACAUCCCUGUUAAUGUGACGCUGCGUCGCAUCGCGCAUGGAGCAGAUGCCGUGGCUGCCCAGUGGGAUUUUGAUUUGCUGAACGGACAAGGAGGCUGGAAGUCAGAUGGGUGCCAUAUACUCUACUCGGAUGAAAAUAUCACUACCAUUCAGUGCAGCUCCCUUAGUAACUAUGCAGUUUUAAUGGAUUUGACGGGAUCUGAGCUCUACACCCCGGCAGCCAGUCUGCUGCACCCCGUGGUAUAUACCACCGCUGUCAUUCUUCUCUUGAGCCUCUUGGCAGUCAUCGCCAGUUACAUAUACCAUCACAGUUUGAUUAGGAUCAGUCUCAAGGGCUGGCACAUGCUUGUGAACUUGUGCUUUCAUAUUUUCCUGACCUGUGUGGUCUUUGUGGGAGGAGUAACUCAAACCAGAAAUGCCAGUGUCUGCCAAGCGGUUGGAAUAAUUCUUCAUUAUUCCACUCUUGCUACAGUACUAUGGGUGGGAGUGACAGCUCGAAAUAUCUAUAAACAAGUCACUAAGAAGGCUAAAAGAUGUCAGGAUCCUGAUGAACUACCACCUCCACCAAGACCAAUGCUCAGGUUCUACCUGAUCGGCGGUGGCAUACCCGUCAUAGUUUGUGGUAUAACAGCAGCAGCGAACAUCAAGAAUUACGGCAGUCGGCCAAAUGCACCCUACUGCUGGAUGGCGUGGGAACCCUCCUUGGGAGCCUUCUACGGGCCUGCCAGCUUCAUCACGUUUGUGAACUGUAUGUACUUCCUGAGCAUAUUUAUUCAGUUGAAAAGACACCCUGAGCGCAAAUACGAGCUGAAGGAGCCCACAGAGGAGCAGCAGAGGCUGGCGGCCAAUGAGAAUGGCGAAGUCAAUCGUCAGGAUUCCCUGUCUCUGUCUCUGAUUUCGACGUCUGCGUUGGAAAAUGAGCACACUUUCCAUUCUCAACUUUUGGGGACCAGUCUUACCUUGCUCUUAUAUGCUGCUUUGUGGAUGUUUGGGGCCUUGGCGGUUUCCUCGUACUACCCUUUGGACUUGGUGUUUAGCUUCUUUUUCGGAGCCACGUGUUUGAGCCUCAGUGCAUUCAUCGUGGUUCACCACUGCGUCAAUAGGGAGGAUGUUAGACUUGCGUGGAUCAUGACCUGCUGCCCAGGCCGGAGCUCAUACUCUGUGCAGGUUAACGUACAGCCCCCCAGCUCUAGUGGCGUGAAUGGAGAGGGGCCUAAGUGCACCAACAGCAGUGCAGAAUCUUCAUGCACAAACAAGAGUACAUCGAGCUUCAAAAAUUCCUCCCAGGGCUGCAAGUUAACCAACUUGCAGGCUGCGGCUGCUCAGUGCCAUACCAAUUCCCUGCCUUUGAACUCCACACCUCAGCUUGAUAAUAGUUUGACAGAACAUUCAGUGGACAAUGAUAUCAAAAUGCACGUGGCACCUUUAGAAGUUCAGUGUCGAACAAAUGUGCACCCAAGCCGCCAUCAUAAAAACAGGAGUAAAGGACACCGGGCAAGCAGACUCACGGUCCUAAGAGAGUACGCCUAUGACGUCCCAACCAGCGUGGAAGGCAGUGUGCAAAAUGGCUUACCUAAAAGCCGGCCAGGCAAUAAUGAAGGGCACUCAAGGAGUCGAAGGGCUUAUUUAGCCUACAGAGAGAGGCAGUACAACCCACCCCAACCUGAUAGCAGCGAUGGCUGUAGCACACUUCCAAAGAGCGGCAGAAAUUUUGAAAAGCCCGUGUCAAAUAGUAGUAAAAAAGAUGCCUUAAGGAAGCCCAUUGUAGUUGAACUUGAAGGUCAGCAGAAGUCUUAUGGACUCAACUUGGCCAUCCAGAAUGGACCAAUCAAAAGCAGUGGGCAGGAGGGCCCCUUGCUGGGUACAGAUAGCACUGGCAAUGUCAGGACUGGGCUAUGGAAACACGAGACCACUGUGUAGCGGUGGUGGGCUUCCUCGGCCGAAAUCUGCACAGACCGUGAUGUCCGCAUUCCUUCACGCCAGGACUAUGUGAAAACAGACUGUUUACAGCCACCUUAGGGAGUCAAAUCAAUUUUGAAUAAACUUCAAAGUUUGGGAUCUUUAUUUUAUAUCCCCCAAUUGUGUUUUUUUAUGAAUUGAAAAGAAAAACCCUCCAAAGCAUCGUUUUCAUUGUCAGAGCACCAGCGGGACUUUGAGCAUCUGAAAUGUAAUUUCUUGGAAUCUGUUCUGUCUACUUAGCAUUUCAGGCUUGUAUUUAAUACAAUAAAUAGGUAUUUGUCAUUGUG